AUGGUUGUGAACGCUGGACAAGCUCCCAACCUCCGCGCGGCGAGGCCGACCGCCCCUAUGCCCAUGGUCCCUCAAGGCGGAAGCGGAAAGACCAUGUUCCUCGGCAUGGCUGGGGUCGCGCUCGGCCUCUACGGCUUCUGGCGCCUGCAGUUCGCGAAGCAGAACCGCAGCCACGCAUCCAAGAACCCCGCCGACAUGCCUACCUGGCAGUUCCGCCACGCGCAGCAGGUCCCCGAGUUCAACGAGCGCAUGAGCACCCCGGGCGGCGCAGGAAUGGUGUCCCGCACCCACGCAGAAUCCAACAGGCCCGAGUCCGAGGCCGCUGGGGCGUCGUUCGCGCAGUCCAAGGCCGUGGACAGCGUCCCGGCCCCGGUGGACACUGGCGUGAAGGAGAGCGCGCAAGGGGAGAGGGCGCACCCGGUGCGGAACGUCGUGGCGUCGGUCAUGACCACCCUGAGCGGGAGCGGCCGCGAGCGCGCGGCGGACGCGAAGGGCCCGGUGAGCCAGCCGGCGGACCAGAGGCGCAUCAACGACCGGGGUGGGAUGUACACGAAGAACUCGGACUACAAGGACGGCUACCGCAGGGACAGCUAG